AGAGCGUUUGGAGCCCUUUGCCGUGAGCAAUAAACCAGUUUUGUUCUUCUUCUUCCUUCUUCAUCCUUGGUUUUCUUCUGUACAAUCAAAAGCUUAAAAGUUGCAACAAUGGCGUCCAAGAGAAUAUUGAAGGAGCUUAAAGACUUGCAGAGAGACCCACCAACUUCUUGUAGUGCAGGUCCUGUAGCUGAGGACAUGUUUCAUUGGCAAGCAACUAUUAUUGGUCCAAAUGACAGUCCCUACGCCGGUGGAGUUUUUCUCGUCUCCAUUCAUUUUCCUCCCGAUUAUCCUUUCAAGCCUCCUAAGGUUGCCUUUAGAACACGAGUGUUUCAUCCAAACAUAAACAGCAACGGCAACAUAUGCUUGGAUAUCCUCAAGGAACAAUGGAGUCCCGCACUAACGAUAUCGAAAGUUUUGCUAUCAAUAUGCUCACUAUUAACCGAUCCAAACCCAGAUGAUCCACUGGUUCCAGAGAUUGCUCACAUGUGCAAGACUGAUAAAGUCAAAUAUGAAUCCACCGCUAGGAGCUGGACCCACAAAUAUGCAAUGGGUUAAAUAUUUAAACAUGUUUAUGUUUGAUUCGAAUUUCUGACCUUUCUAUUUGUAUUUGUUCCGUACUUUAAUGAUAAUUAUUAUUGACAUCAUAAAUAUU